AUGGAAACGCAUCACCACGCAGCGCUGCCCGGCACAUCUCUUCGAGCGGGGUCCCAGGAUAUCGGCUCGCGCCCCUCGCCCGUGCGAAAGUCCCCAGGAGGAAAGCGCAGGCCGCGCUGCAGCGUCAACCCCGUCGAGGGGCUGGAUGCUUCGGACACCAGACGUUUUGCAGGGGUCAUGGAUGCUAUCACUGACAUCUCUAGGCUGCAGGAGCUGCUGAGUUUGAGUUGUGCAAUUCUAUUCUGGCACAAAGCAUGUUUCCACUGCGAGACCUGCAAGAUGACCCUAAACAUGAAAAACUACAAGGGCUAUGAAAAGAAGCCAUAUUGCAAUGCACACUACCCGAAGCAGUCCUUCACUAUGGUGGCAGACACUCCUGAGAACCUGCGUCUCAAGCAGCAGAGCGAGCUUCAGAGCCAGAUUCGCUACAAGGAGGAGUUUGAGAAGAACAAGGGGAAAGGCUUCAGCGUGGUGGCUGACACCCCGGAGCUGCAGAGAAUCAAAAAGACUCAGGAUCAGAUCAGCAACAUAAAAUACCACGAAGAGUUUGAGAGGAGCAGGAUGGGCCCGAGUCCCAGCGAGGGUGCUGAGCUGGAGCGCAGGAACUCCCAGGAGAGCACCAAUUACCGGAGACCCGCAGAGCAGCAGCACCAGCCGUCUCAUCACGUCCAACCCAGCAACCCAGCCUCCCAGCAGCAGCAGCCGUCGUCUCAGUCCUACGGCUACAAGGAGCCCGCAGCACCAGCCUCUACACAGCGCAACGCUCCUUCUGGAGGGGGGAAGCGUUUCCGUGCCGUCUACGAUUACAACGCGGCUGACGAAGAUGAGGUCUCCUUCCAGGACGGCGACACCAUCAUCAACGUGCAGCAGAUCGAUGACGGAUGGAUGUACGGCACGGUGGAGCGCACGGGCGACACGGGCAUGCUCCCCGCCAACUAUGUGGAGGCCAUCUGAGCCGCGGGAGGGGA